CAAACAUGAACCUGACCACCUCAACUUCUUCGAUAGAUCAUGAUGUUGCCAAGUAAUCUUUACAGCACAUAUCGCCAAUACAAGCACGACACUGAUGUCGUGGCCUCAUGGCUAGCCCAGACCGGAAAGACACUGGGCUGCACCGCCGAACUCAUCGCUUCCAACUCGGCCUCUCCCGCAAAUCCCAACCUCAAAAGCGGUCGCCUCAAGGGCAAAGCCCGAAAAUCGGCAAAGCUUCAUGCUGCUGCAGAAGCACACUGGCAGGCCAAAGGCCUCUCGGAGAGGCAGAAAUAUGUGCUUGCGCUCAAGAACUUUGUGCCGCUCGCCGAAUUCAUCGGUACCAAGUUGAGUGAGGCAAGGGUCGUUGAGAUUCCGGCCGUUGUUCCGGCUGCUAUUGAGCGCGCCAUCACGGUACGCAAAGGUUUUGCCCGGCUCCUCCAGGAGCAUGGCCGCGCCCUGGAGCUUGAUUCCAACGAAAACCACUCCUACUUCGUCUCAGUCUUAGAGAAGGUUCGACAUAUCCUCGAGCCUUUGUUCAAAGACUCUUGGGUCAGGAGGGCUCUCCCCAAGCUACCCAAGACAACAACUAGCACCAACCCAUUUGAUCUUCUCGAAUUUUAUGAUGCUCCCGAUUUUGACCUCGCAGGAGACUCUAUAGGAAACUCGAGGGAAGCGGCCAAGGGCAAGGAAACCGUCGAUGAGGGCGUCAUUGUUGAUUAUGAAGCUGAAGACUCUGCGUCCUCUCUCGUCGCCUUUGCUACCCUCUUCCGCGAUGUCCGCGCUCUCCGGAUGCAGGUCAGAAGUCUAUGGGCUGCCUAUGCCGAGGGCGAGCUGUCUUUGCCUUCCGUGGCCGUUGCUACAAACACAGCCAUCAAUAUUGCCCGAUUUAUGGAGGAAGAUGCUGCUGAUAGCGUCCGUUUAAACAGAGACAAAAAGACCCCUAAGGACUGGGCAGUGUUUUACUGUCAAAUGGCUACCAGUAGUCAGGGUAUUGAUAUUACCGAGCGCACUCCAGGCUGUGACAUAAAUCUCAGAGCCUUUCCCAUGCUGGACGAGUCCAUGACCAUUGCCUUCAUUCUUCUCGAAGCAUGGAUUAACCAGGCAAGGACGUCAAGCGAGGUGGUGACUUAUAACGGCAAGUUUGGCUGGUAUGAUCAGACGAUCGACUAUGAUUCGGCACCGACGGACGUCAAAUGGCAGCAAGAUAAAGCUGCUUUUUUGGAGGUCGCGCCCCAAUUCGAUCUCAUGGGAAGGUUUAAUACCACUCCGCCAGAUGCCCUCCCGGAAGGAUUGUAUGCCGAUAUGCCCGUUGAGGACGAACUCUUGCGCGGGCUUCGCCUUCUCCUUACCAGAAAAGAGAAGGUUCUACCCUUCUGGCUCGCGUUUGCUACUACCAUUCAUCUUGAUGUACGUCGCAUCCUGGGACGGCAGUCUGAGAAGCCGUUUUGGGCCAUGAUGCGGUACAAUAUGGCUAUCGAUGACAGUAUAACCCAAAAUUUGGAGUAUUACGAGAACUUGACCAUCAAGGGCUGGGAGCAAAUACACGGUGACAGACAACUUAUCAAACUCCAAAACGAGGCGCGCUGGUUCACUGAAAACCCGCUCUACAAAGUUAUCGAGUCCACAGGACUCCUAACCUCCCGUGACAACAAAGAACACACCUUUCUCAAGAUGCAUCCGCUUUUCUGCGGUCUCUGGAUUCACUACAUCCGCACAACCUACCACCUCCUUGCAACCCAAUUCGAGCGUUGUUGGGGCGGGAUCCUCUACACUGGCCAUCUCUACAAUGCCUUAUGUAACGAGGACCUGAUCGACGACGCUGCGAAAUGGGACGACAUGGAUCUCUUCUAUCGUUUGCAAGGUGGUAAAGACAAGUUUUUCGUUGGCGCGGCACCCACAGAGCGGGACAGCUACCACAAACAGCUUUGCAUGAUGAUGGGCUUCUCAGCAACAAGCUUUAUCGCAAGCACCAGAAACAAGACACGGAAGCUCGUGCCCACUAAAGCAGGCCCGCGCUCUCUUGUGGCUCAAGGUAAGGUAUCCUCCAUGUUCCAUAAUCAAUACAGGCCAAGCAUGGAAGGAAUUAAGCUUUCGGUGGAUGAUAUGCAAGCGAUCCUCAACAAGAAAAGCCAGAAUCCACAGAAAACACCUCAGGCCACGCCAUCGCAACUCAUCCACCAACUGGCCCUUGACAUUGAAGCCGAAAUCCCUGAGACUUCAGUCGAUUAUCUUGCAAUGCACAGACAGUGCUGGGACUUUUUGCGCAGUCUCGAAAGCGCCGUGGACCCGUACUUUCGCCGGGUCGCCGGGCCGGGUUGGAUAGAGAGGGAGCAUCAGCUUCCCUUCGUGGUGGGCUACAUAUUCUCUACGGUGCUCGACCCCGUGGGAGGAGAAAGCAAGAUGACAGAGUUUCUGGUCCUUGCCUCCAAAGUGUACAAAGAGGUGGUUGCACCCUAUCGUAAGGACGUGACUUUUCACCUCGAAACUAUUCAGGACUACGACAAAAUGCUUUCUCACCCCGAAGACAGAUUUCUGGGACCUAUGCUGAAUGAGUUAUCUCUUGAAGAACCAGAAGAUGAGGAAUGGGUCGAUUCGGAAUUUGAAGAGUGGAUGGAAGAGGAUAGAGAAAUAGACGCCAUGUGCCGAAAGUUCGACCCGUUAUGGGACGAACCGGAAGAUCGAAGCGGGGCUGACUUCCGACCCAACGAUCCCCCUCUUGACCCCCGUCUCCGAGAGGGAUUCGGCCCGGGGGAAUCGUUCAGAGAUUCAUACGCCGAGCCUGGCGAGCCUGUUACGAUGAGCCUGGAAGCCAUGCAGCGGUGGAUGAGAGUUUCGAGGGCAUUGGAACGGAAGCCCAGUGCGGUCUCGCAAAAAGAUGCAGAGUGGUUGCGACUUGUCCUGAGGAGCCCUGAAUUCCAGAACACGAGGCAAAGAGCUGAUUGAGAACGUCACGCAUGAGUCCAGCAAGAUGCCGGCAGGCUUUAAAUUAGACCACGGCGAGCCAGCUUGUUUCAUAAUGAGAACAUGGCAAUAUCUGAACUGCUCUCACAGUUGAUCAUGAAUUGGGCUACAGCACCCGAACCAGCACCUGUUGAGUGGUUCGUAUCAGGACAGCAUCAGGAGGUCAAACAUGCCUAUAUUCUACAUACUCUAAAUUGGGAGACUACUCGGGUCGUCGGAGCGUCUUUGGAUACGUCAACUCAUCGUUCAUACUUAACAUGAAUCUUUCCGCAAGGGAAAGCCCAGGCAAGGUCGGGGAUAGUGGGAAAUACACGCAUUACAUGGGAGAACGUAGCAAAUGUAAGUAUGUGAAGAAAACAAGGGUCGGAACCAUGUACAUUGAGGUUAUAUAUGCACUUGCUUCAUGGUCUGUAGUAGUCAAUCCAACAAUCCGGUUC